CAGACCCCUACGUAGUGCAAGCCACUUCGUUACACUUCUCCCAAUCCCAAACAUCAGAACUAGGACGUUUUUCAUUGUUGAAGAAUGCCUCGACGCAGACCUUCUGAAAUCCUCGCUGGAUGACCUAAUUCGCAACCACUGGCGCAUACUAGGUGCUCGUAUCGUCACAAAGAAGAAUUCUGACCUGCUUGAAUACCAUCUCCCCAAGCAAUUUGAGCCUGAAUACGAGCUCUUUCGAUGGUCAUCGAAGCAAUAUGACCAUUCCAUCGACGUCACAGCCGGCAGCAUCCGCAAUCCGCCGCAAGAUAAAGGUCCUCAGAUAAUGCCGUCCAUUGCUGAAGUAGAUUCUUGGUUUAAGCCAGCCGAUUGGCCAUUCCAUCGAACGGAUGACUCGGCAGACAGCCCAAUCAUCUACGCCCAUCUGUCACUAUUCACGGAUGCUACUGUUAUUUGUACCAGCAUCCCCCAUGCUACCUGUGAUCAAAUGGGCCUUUCUCAGAUCGUCAAUGCGUGGCUUGGUCUUGCUGAGGGUAUCCAGCCGAAGCCGUUAACCCCAAGUGACCAGGAUGUCCUUCCAGGCAAAAGCCGCAGCUACAGCAAAGCAGAAAUCAGCCGAAAGGGAAGACAAAGAGUUAUGGGCAAAGGAGAAUAUGCUCUCGUGGUCAUGCCCUUUAUCCCUGACUUGGUUCUCAAUUCGAAGGAGGAGCCCUGCACCCUGUUUUUCCCCCACGAAUUGGUAAAAUCACUGCGCAAGCGUCACUCAGAGGCCUUGAGAGAGAAACAUGGAAAUCUCCCAAGGAUCAGUGAUGGUGAUAUUUUGGCUGCUGUUCUCCUCAAGUUUUGUCGAUUGACCAAAAGCUCAACUCGGACAGUUAGUCUGUCACAAAGUGUUAACUUGCAUGGCCGCGCUCCCAAUCUCGAUAACUAUAUUCACAACUGCCUUUUCGACUCAACAGCGCGCUUACCCGUCGGUCCGUCUACAUCUAUCGGUGAUAUUGCCUUCGCCAACCGCCAGGCCCUGGAAACGGCGGCUAGGCCAGAAGAUUUUGAAAUCAGUAUGGCUACUUAUCGGGAGAUGUGUCGCCGUCGCCAAAGUAGCCAUACAUGUGAGCCGGGCGAUAGAUCCUUCUAUGUAUCCAACUGGUCUGCUGCGUGGAGAGGCAUAGACUUUAGUUCUGUUGUAAAAGGAGAGAAGAAAGCGGAAGGAAUACCCAAGUUUGUAGUAUUGGGUCAAAGUAAGCAGCUUUCGGACCCGUCGCGGUUCACGAGUCUCAUCUUGUCACGAACGGACGAUGGCUACUAUGUAGAUUUUGCUGGAACUCCUCCUACUAUGAAGAGUCUGAAAAAGCACCUGGCCAAGGAUCCUCUGCUGGAGAGUUUAUGAAGACAAGUCUUGGCUAUCUAAUUCAAAAGUAGCGGCUCUUUAUAGAAACGGUGCAGCCGCCACCUAACAAGGCCUGAUGCCAACAUAUUAAAUUUGUUCCAUAUAUAUAUACUUUGUUGAUAGCUAUCCUAAUUAUACUACAAACAAUGACAUUCACUUUUUUCAGUCGUUUACAAUGUAAGUUUGCUUCGCAUGC